GAAUAUGAUAGCCAGAUUCACACACUAAUCUCAUUUCCCUUCAAUUAUUUCUUUGUGGCGUGAGAUUUGAGAUGAAUUGUGUUUGAAUGUUUGGUGGGUGUGGAGGAGAUGGACAGGAGGAGCUGGUUAUGGCGGAGGAAGUCUUCUGAGAAAAGUCCUGGAGAAACAGAGAGUACAGGCUCACUCUCUUCCCAUUCUGAAAGAUUCUCAGACGAUCAGAGAUCUCACUCACCGGAAUUAAUAUCUAAACCUGUAACAAGAGAAGAAGUUGAAGAAGAAGAAGAGGCAACGGCGGAUAUCAAGAUUCUAACGGAGAGGCUCUCUGCAGCUCUUUUAAAUGUCAGUUUAAAAGACGACCUUGCCAAGCAGCAUGCUAAAGUUGCAGAGGAAGCUGUCGCUGGUUGGGAGAAGGCAGAGAACGAAGCUGCGGCUCUGAAGCAACAGCUUGAUGCUUCUGCAACCAAGGUCUCAGCUCUAGAGGAUCGAAAUACUCAUCUUGAUAGUGCACUUAAAGAAUGUGUGAGACAACUCUGGCAAGGAAGAGAAGAGCAAAACCAGAAGAUUGAAGAAGCUAUAAACAAGAAAUGCUCAGAGUGGGAAGCUACAAAAUCUGAACUUGAAUCCCAAAUCAAGGAGCUUCAAGCAAGACUUCAAACUAGAAAACAAGAAGAAGAUGCUACUACUGCUUCAGCUUCACCUCACCCGAAACUCGAGGCUUUAGAGAAAGAGAACUCAGCUUUGAAGCUACAACUACUCUCAAAAUCAGAAGAGGUUAAGAUAAGAACUCUUGAGAGAGACUUGAGCACUCAAGCUGCUGAAUCUGCUAGUAAACAACAGUUGGAAGGGAUUAAAAAAUUGACCAAACUCGAAGCAGAGUGCAGGAAACUGAGAGUCAUGGUUCAGAGAUCUGCCAAGUCAAAUGAUACUCAAUCAGACUACUCAGGGAGGAUCUCUUUUGGUGAUAAUGAAGUGCAGAGUCCUACUCAGAGGUCUAUUGGCAAGUCUUCGAUGGCUCCUUCAGUAGAUAUCGGUUUAAUGGAUGAUUUUCUCGAGAUGGAGAAGCUAGCUUCUAUGCCGCAUUCUGAACCUGGAAGAAAACAUUCAGAGAGUAAACCUGAUGCACAGUCAAGGAAGCUAAAACAUGAACUUGAAAACUCACUUCACAGGAUUUCUGAGUUAGAGGAGAAAGUAGAGAUGGUAGAGGUUGAGAAACUGCAGUUGGAGAUGGCAAUGAAUGAAUCCAAAGAGCAAGUGGAGACACUACAGAGUCAACUGAUGGAGACAGAGGAGAAGUUAUCCAAGUUGAAGAAACUGGAACCAAGAACGCAAGAUCUUGAGAUGUCAUUGGAUGAAUCUAGAAAGCAGAUUCAGGAUCUUCAAAGACAGCUAAACAAAACACAAGUGGAUAAGUCAAAACUAGAGACCACAAGAGCAGAAAACAAUGAUCUAGAGCUGUUGUUGAGUGAAUCUGGAAGUCAAAUUCAGGAUCUUCAGAAGCAGCUAAACAAAGCACAAGUGAAUCUAUCAGAGCUAGAGACUAUAAGAGCAGAAAAGCUGGAACUGACCAUAUGUUUAAAUGGGACAAAGAAGCAGCUCGAGACAACGCAAAGUCGGCUUAAGGAAUCAGAGAGAAAGUUAAUAGAGGUUCAAACUCUGCUGCGUCUAACAAAGGAUGCAAAAGAAGCUGCUGAGGAUGGUGUAAAAGCUGCAAAUGCGAAAGCAGAAGAGGUUGAGUCAAGACUCAAAGAUGUGGAAGCAGAAGCCGAAUCAUUGAUCUUGAAACUCGAAUCUCUGGAAGAGAGUAUUGAAAAGGAACGUGUUUUAUCAGCAAAACACAUUUCAAAGUGUGAAGAACUACAAGAUGAGAUCUCAAAACUAAAACGUGAACUUGAGCAUCAUCAAGAAGGAGAGCAUGAGCCUAACCAUGUGAGAGCUUUUGAUGACGAUUAUAAGCUAAAGCAGGUAAGACUCUCUUGUCAUCUCUAUGCAAUAUUACAUAACACCUUCCAUGUACCAUAUGUUAUAAGACUCUUUUGUGACAAUGUGGCAAUUACAGGAGAAGGAAUUAGCAGUGGCUGCCUCAAAAUUUGCAGAGUGCCAGAGAACUAUUGCUUCACUGGGUCAGAGAUUACAGUCACUUGCUACCUUUGAAGAUUUCUUGAUUGAACCUUGAGGAGAAGCUCUCUUAAUCAGAUUAUUAAUCAUUCCCAUGAAUGUUAACAAGAAUCAAUAGACUCUGGAAUCUGAGUGAAAUGCAGCUUAAUCUUUCUGCUAAAGAAACUUGGAAACACUUACAAGGUGUAGAGGGCACGUGAACAACGGUGAAUGAGAAAGUAGAGCUAAGCCAAAACAGAGUUGAGACAUUUGUCAAUAGAACCCAAGGGAAAAGAAUAUGGAUAUAGUUUUUUUUUCUUUCAUUUUUAUAAUUUAUCCAUUUAAUCUCUAUUGUUUAAGAUCAUAUCAAAAUGUCAACAGAACUAUGUGCAAAUUACAAGCUAAUAUAUACGUAAAGUAAAAUAUAGUGAGCUGUGAAAAUUAGCUCUUGUAUCUCUUUCUUGAAUCCAUCCCAUUUUAUAUGUUAUUCAAAACUCAUAAAUAUAAUGGAGCA